GCCGCGGGGGGGCGGUGGCGGCUCCCGGUGGGGGUGGGGGGGCGGUGCCGAGCCGCCCGCUGCCCGUGUCAGCUCCCGGCGCCGGUGCCGCUGCCAUCUCCGGCGGGAGCCGGGGUGCCGCCCGCCCCCGGCGGCUGCCCGCGCCCUGCGCUUUGUGCGUGCGGCGGCCACCACCAUGCGGGGGGAGAGGCAACUCCUGGGAAGCGGCGAGGCGGAGCGCCCGCGCCGCCCCGGCUGCUGCACCGCGGGGGGCAGGCACCCCAGGGAGCCCUGAGCGCCCCGGCGGUUUCAUUUUCCUUCACCAAUACUUCAAGGCACAGAGGAGCUGGUAAAGGCAUUGCCAUGAAACCUAACUUGAAGCAAUGGAAACAACUCAUGCUGUUUGGGAUCUUUGCAUGGGGUCUGCUUUUUCUGGUGAUAUUCAUCUAUUUUACAGAUAGCAACACUGCUGAACCAGUUCCGAGUUCCUUUUCUUACAUUGAAACCAAGAGGCUUCUGCCCCUUCAGGGCAAGCAGAGAGUCAUCAUGGGAGCCAUUCACGAUCCAUCAUUCUCUGAAACCAUCGAUGGGAAUGAGGUACUUCUUAAUGACGACCUCUUAGGUACAUUUAAAUCAGGGACUGGAAGUAUUAAGAAAUGGACUGAUUUGGAAGAUGCCUUUAGAAAUGAAGAUGAAUUUUUUCCAUCCCAGAUAGGAAGAAAAUCAAAAAGUGCUUUCUACCAAGUGAAUGAUGAUUAUUUAUUUGCUGCUGGUCAGCCUCGGUCACACAACCACCUUCAAGAGAUAGCAAAAUUCAUCUCAGCCGAUGAGGAAAAUCCAAAAGUAAAUAUUCUGCAGAACAACUGGAGCCAUCAGAGAAGAAUGAGGAGAAGGAACACAAAGCACAGGAGAAGCCAGAUGCUUGAUGAAUCUGAUGACUGGGAUGGGCUAUAUUCCACAAUGUCGAAAUCCUUUCUUUACAAGCUUUGGAAAGGAGAUGUCUCUUCCAAGAUGCUAAACCCUCGACUGCAGAAGGCGAUGAAAGAUUAUUUGAGCACCAAUAAGCAUGGGGUGCGGUUCAAGGGGAAACGAAACUCCAAGUUGACAGGAGACCAGCUAUUCUGUGAGCUAAAAGAAAGGGUGAAUGUGAAAACAAUAGAUGGCAAGGAGGCUCCCUUCUCCACUCUUGGAUGGGAAAAGCACGUUCCCCAGAUUCCACUGGGCAAAUUGUAUACACAUGGCUUUGGGAGCUGUGCCGUAGUUAUGUCUGCUGGUGCAAUACUGAACUCCUCUCUAGGGGAUGAAAUAGAUUCUCAUGAUGCUGUUCUAAGAUUUAAUUCUGCUCCAACACGCGGCUAUGAAAAAGAUGUUGGAAAUAAAACAACCAUGCGGAUCAUUAACUCUCAGAUUCUCACCAACCCAAACCAUCACUUUGUCGACAGCUCCUUGUACAAAGAUGUUAUCUUAGUAGCCUGGGAUCCGGCCCCCUACUCUGCAAAUCUGAAUGUGUGGUAUAAGAAGCCAGACUACAAUCUGUUCACGCCCUAUGUACAGCAUCGCAGGAAGAAUCCAAACCAGCCAUUUUACAUUCUCCAUCCAAAAUUUAUAUGGCAGCUCUGGGACAUCAUUCAGGAGAACACUAAAGAGAAGAUACAGCCCAACCCUCCUUCUUCAGGUUUUAUUGGUAUCCUCAUCAUGAUGUCCAUGUGUAACGAAGUGCAUGUGUACGAAUACAUCCCUUCAGUCCGACAGACCGACCUAUGUCACUACCAUGAGCUCUACUACGAUGCAGCUUGUACCUUAGGGGCUUACCACCCCCUGCUCUACGAGAAGCUUUUGGUGCAGAGGAUGAACAAAGGUUUGCAGGAUGAUCUGUAUCGGAAGGGGAAAGUCAUUUUGCCAGGGUUCAAAGCUGUCAAGUGCCCUGAAAGAAAUAAUUUCUCACACUUGUAGAAGAGAGUCCUUCAGAAACUAUGUGCAAUAAGGUACUACUGUCGUACUAUAAAGAAGAAGACAAUACUUGAAAAACGAAUCUUAGACCAAUCUAGUCUAUAAAUUGUAAUUAAGUAGCAGGCAUGAGAAAUACUUCUUUUCUGAGCCUGAGUAUUUAUUACUGCUUUGCAAAUAGUUAAAAAAAAAAACAACAAACCAAGGCUUAGCUCACGAAAGGUGCAAAGGACAUACUUAGGCAGAAAUAUAAUGUAUUGUUGUGGGUGUGACUGUCAGAGUUUGUCAGUGGUCUCUUAUGCCACAUAUGCUAGACUGUAACUUUUUUUUUUUAAUGAACUUAUUUAACUGUUAAACCUGGCAUUGUGAAACAGCCUCUAUUGUUCAUGUACAGAGUGGCCAGUUGAACAAUGCAGCCUUCCUCAUGGCUCCAUGGGAUUUUCACACUCUCCAAGAAUGAAGUAAUCGCUAUUCCGAGCUGUGCAGUCAUUGACUAGAGUAGAUUUUAAUUCCCACUCAUACACAGGCUCAGUUACAGAGCUCCAACUGAAAAGAGGGUCUUGUGGUGGCUAUGAAGUCAGUGCAGAUGGGAGAUGGCUGUACACACAGCUAAACCAGUUAAACUACUGGAUGUACUUUUGAUGCCUGAUCCCCAUGCUCACACUGACUGAGUAGGGCAGAAGGAAAAGGAGAAAUGUCUCAUUUCUUUAGAUAUAGCAAACAUAUCUGUAACCCGUUCAGCAAGAAAAAUCCCCCUUGGAAGCCUAUCAGGAAGGUGUAAGUGAGAUGGAAAUUAUGCCUUCCCCGGGUCUGCAAAGAUAAAGACGAUCCAGAGAAAGCCGAGGGAGGCUGUGCGGCACUCACAUCACACUGAAAGAAAAUGCUGAGGGAGCUCACCUUUCUGCAGCAAAGAUAGCAUUCAGGAUUACAGACAUCAUUUGUUAGGUAUUUCACUGGGAUCCAAAACAAACUCACUUGUUCACAAGUUACUACUGUUAAGAAAGUGUAGGGAGUUUUCUGACAAAAGAAGAGGAUAUCAGUGUUUUUUAUUUAACAUUUGGAAGACCGUACCCCAGGGAAGCUGUAAUGCCUGCAAAAAAAACUGACUACAGAUUGCAUAUGGAGAUAAUUUGAUAUUUUCCUUCAUAGCACACAACGAGAAUAUUCUCUAAGGCACUUGUGAAAUCUGGCUCAUUGCUAAUAUAUUUACAGCAUUAUUUUUCACGGCAAAACUUGAGUUUCAGAUUUUCCAAGUGGCAGGACGUUAAUGGUUUGCGGUUGGUUUUUUCACACAAGCAUACCAUUUCUCUUAGGGUAAGUUCAGCAGGAACCUAUGUACACAAAAGCACAGCUAUAUUCUACUCGUGUCCGUUCAGUGAAAAGGCAGACAGCUCAAAGGGGCACUGAAAAGAAUAGCUGAGUGGCUGUGGUGGAGAGUACUUUUUGUCUUUUGUCUUAAGCAACAAAAAGGCAAUUGAAGGGUGGACACAAUAUUAAUGACUAUUUCUUCUUCAAUAGUAAUGACAGUAGAAUCACAGAAUCUUUUUUUCUCUCACUCGGCUCCCUGGGUCGGAUGGCUUUCCUUCCUAAGAAGCGAAGAAUAUGUGUCUUACAUAGGUCUUAGCCUUCUUUUCCUAUGUAGUCUCUUGAUUUGGGCUUUAUGAUCCUCUUAAGAUUUCUCUUGUUGACAGAGAAAGUAUGUCCAGAUGUUCUUAAAACUGUUCUUCUGUACUGUGUGGAUAGUUAUGUCCAUAAAUCAUUUUGAUACAUGUCAAAAUGAAUAGGUUUUCUCAUAUUAGCCUUAGACUCUGGAUAUAUUACUGAUUUCUUUUUAAUGUUAUGUCUGGCAGCAACUUUUAUUCUUAUAGUAAGACUGUUGUUUAACCUUGUGGAGAAUAGAUAACCUACACAGAACUAAUCUAUUUUUCCAUAUGUUUGGUACCCUGUUUGUAAAACAUAUGAAGUCUGAGCAGUGCAAUCAAACAUAUCUCUCUUUCCUGUGUGCUGGGUGAGCUACCCCAUGUUUGUAAAGGAAGGAAGUUGAUUAGCUUUCUAGGACUAGUGAAUAUGCUACUUUUCCAUAAGCAGGCAAUUCUCAAGUUCUGAAAAGGAAAAAAAAAGCAUAUCAUUUUGACUGGUCUGCAACCACUAACCUUUGAUUUUCACGAAGAAGAAAAAUACUAGCUGCAUUACUCAACUACCCACAGCGGGAUUAUGUUGUAUUAUUUCCUCAGUAGUUUAUCAGAAUAAUCAACAUAGCUGUUGUACAGAACGAGGCGAAUUAUAACGAUUCACGUAACAAGUGCUUAGCAUAUCUACUCAAUACAUCAUUUAAAUAACAAUGCAGAAUCAGGUCUGAGAUGUCAUAAAAUGUACUAUGUAUUUUUAAUUUACUGGACUUUGCGCAUUCAAGCCCUCCCAGCAGAAACUGUUUCUUUACUGUAUCCUGAUUAAUAUGGCAGUCAGUGCUCCUUCCACAAGUGGAAACGCACGUGCUGUAGCACCAUCACCUCAGAAGAAGCCGCAGAACUGUGCUGCAAACGCUUGCUCACAGAGGAAGACGACUGACUUGUGAUGCUCAUCUUGGAAAAAAUAAGGAUCCCCGGCAUGGCUUUCCAACACUGGUUUCCACUGUGAUGUUUCAUUGGUCUGCCUGCUCAAACACCUUGUGGCUGCUUAAAGAGAUCUUACUCCUCUACCCUGCCUUGUCCUCCUUUGGUUUUUGGCACAAGUGCAAGUGUGCCCAAGAUGCUAACUGAGGGCUCACUGCCACUUGCUGCAAGAGGGGAAGGGGCAGAAAUAAAGGGGCAAUACAGAGGACCUGCAGAGGUGCUCCCCUCACCACUGCUUACACUCCGGCAUUGGCACUGGUGGCUUUUAAAAGAACCCACCAAGUAUUUUUGCAUUUACGGGCAUCUCCCCAUCCCUCGCAAGGGCAGAGAGAUCUUUACAAGGAAUCACAUUCAGUAAAUUUAAAAUGAGUGAGUGUGUAGUAACACUGAACCAUGUAUCUUUUAAUAAUAAUAACAACGCGUGAGAGUGCUGGGUUUAGACACGUAUCUUAAAUGCAGACAAUGUGAAAGGAAAUGCAUUUUCCUACCCAGAUAGUGGGGUGGGUUUUUUUGGAAAAAGGUACAGCCAUGGCUUCGUAGCUCUCCCGGGUGACUGUGGCACCCUAACAGAUUGAAACUGCACCAUAGAUGAGAGGUUGCCCAAUCCUGGCUCUUGAGGUGCAUCAUCAGCCAACAAAUGCCUCUGCUAGUGGACCCCUGAGCUCCCUUCAUGCUUGUUGCAAUGACGCAGUUAUGGCGUUUUACUGGCAAGUAGGAGUAAGUUGCCUUCAAAAGCUAUCGAGCCUCAUUUCUGUGCCCUGGUGCUGUGGACAACAGUUGCACUGACCUGAAACAAACCAGAAACGCAGCAGCAGCUUAAGGAAAUGUGCUGAGUUUAUGCCGAAUUUCAUUAUGCUCUUUUUUCCACUGUGAAUUCUGUAGCUUUUCUGACUUGCGGUGCUCUAUCAUUUUAUGCAUUCAGCCUUUGGAUGGUUAAAUCAAAGUAUUCUUCAUUCAAGAAAAAAACAUGAAAGAUUUUGCCUCAUUUUGAGCCAAAAUGUUUUUUGCUAGAACAAAUUACUAAUUGUUCCUUUCCUUUAUAGUUCUGAAGCUUACCUGAGCAUAAACUCACAGCUCAGUCAGUCAUUCCUUGGAUUAAACUACUUAUCUUCUUUUCUUACCUGCCUGUGCAGUUUUAUGUUGUUGAAACUCUAGUAAAGUCAGUGAAAUCACAAUGAUAUAAGAAAUACAUAUCUUUGGAGGGAGAGAGAGGGGUGAGUUGCACACUCCCAUCUACACUGUCUCUGUACAAAUUUAGCCAAAUCAUUGCAUGUCUUUGGUCAGGGCACUUUCUUUGGUGAAAACAUCCAAAUUCUGAACCUGUUGCUGUACAUCUCUCGCCAAAGUCAGCAAAACUGAGACAGUUUGUUUCUUAAAUGAAGACAAGAGUCUACACUCAGUCGUUGCACAGACUGAACACACUCAUUUUAGAGAUGGAUUGAAUUAAACAGGAGUUCAAAACACAUGCAAACCAACCCAAUCCAUAAUGAGGUUAUUCUUUUUCAUUUCCUUUUUCUUCAGCAGUUUUUAAGGAUGGAAAAUGCCAUUUGGACAGUGACACAGAUGUACCGUGAAAGGAAUAUUAAAUGCAUUGACUGCAAAAAUAAAUGACUCUUAUUUUUCCCUUCAUGCUCUCUAAAGUUGAUGCGUAUUGAAUAAAUGAAAUUGUUUUCUGAAGUGGGUAAUUCAGAAGACUGGCAUUAGAACGCAUCCGAAUCUUUCCCGGGAGCUAUCCUCUCACAAACAAGGGGGAUACCUGAUUUAACUGUUUGAAAUUUAACAGUAGCCCGUGUCUGGGCGUACGUGCAUCAUGGAAUGAAUUUUGACCCUGCAAAUUUUUUCUCUCUGGCUUGGUGAUCGGAUUCAGAGUUUUGUUCUUGAAAUAAGAGUUGUGUGUAAAAGCCUUACAUUUAUCCAUAUCAUCUCAUCACUCUUAUAAUAUGUAGUCAUUGAACUAUUCAAAUAUAGACUGUGUACUUUUUUAAUAGCUUUGAGAAUUAUUUUGUAUGAUGAUUUUUUUAAAUGAAUGUGUACUCUAAUAACAAAGCUUAAGAUUUUACAGGAGUCACAUUUUUAAGCAGUGUUUGUAUACAUUUUAACACUUUUUAUAUUUUCUAUUAUGAUUUUGUAUAUUUUUAUGUAUGCACAGUGUACAGAUUUUCUCCUGUAAAUAAAACAUUUGUUUUCAUUUG